AUGGCGUCCGUCCCAGCUACGAUGAAGGGUGUGAUUAUUGAAAAGAACGGCGGAACUGAAGUCCUCCAAUACAAGACCGACCUCCCAGUACCAAAGCCUCAAGAUGGUCAGAUCCUCGUGAAGAACGACUUCCUUGGUAUCAACUUCAUCGAUACCUACUUCCGCUCCGGCCUCUACCCACCACCUUCAUUCCCAUACACCCUCGGCCGCGAAGCCUCCGGCACAAUCGCCUCGCUCGGCUCCUCCAACACCCUCGACUUCGCCGAAGGCGACAAGGUCGUCUGGAUGGACGUAGGCGCCUACGCCGAAUACAGUGCCGUCCCCGCCGCGAAAGCCAUCAAGCUCCCCUCCUCCAUCGACCCCAAGAUCGGCGCCGCUGCUCUCCUCCAAGGUCUCACGGCCCUGACACUCGUGCGAGAAGCGUACCCCGUCAAGAAGGGCGAUUGGAUCCUCGUACACGCUGCGGCUGGCGGAACGGGUCUCUGGCUCGUGCAGCUGCUGAAGAGCAUUGGCGCAAACACAAUCGGUACCGCGAGCACGCCUGAGAAAAUCGAGCUGGCGAAGAAGGCGGGCGCGACGCAUAUGCUCAAUUCGAGCUCGGAGGAUAUCAAGGCGAAGGUGCUGGAACUCACCAGCGGUCAGGGCGUGGCUGCUGUCUUUGACGGCGUCGGCAAGGCGACUUUCGACGUCUCCCUCGACAGCAUUGCGCGCAAGGGUAGCAUGAUCUCCUUCGGCAAUGCGAGUGGAGCUGUCCCGCCUGUGACGAUUGCGCGGUUGUCGCCGAAGAAUCUGCGGUUGAUGAGGCCGCAGUUGUUUGGGUUUGUGUCGACGAGGGAGGAGUUGGAGUAUUAUGCCAAGGAUCUGUUUGGGUUUAUUGAGAAGGGUGGGUUGGAUGUGAGGGUGCAUGAGGUGUAUCCGCUCAGUGAGGUUGCGAGGGCGCAUAAUGAUUUGGAGGGACGCAAGACGACGGGGAAGUUGUUGUUGGAUCCAAGUAAAUAG